UCAGGAGAUGAUAUGAACUUGUAUAUAUAUAUAUAUGCAUAGUGUCUGAAGCAGGAGGUAUAGGAGGAGGAAAAACAAAGCUCAAAAACAUCGCAUCCCAUAGAAAAAGAAGGUGAGGGAUCGCAUUCCACACAAAAAAAAAAAAAAGAAAAAAAAAAAAGGAGAUGGAGAUGUUAGCAAACACAGGUCACUCGGAUAGAAAUAUUACUACACCCUUAUUGGAGGCAGGUAGUCAUGGAGAAGAAGGAACAAAAAGAAAGAGGAGGUCAUGGAAGAAAGUGUACUUGGACCUGGUGGAGGCCGAAAAACAGGCAGGUGGGCAUGGAGAAGAAGGAUGCGAAAGAAGGUGGUGGAACAACCUGUUAGACAUUGAGGAGGCCAAAAAACAGGUCUUAUUUUCAUUGCCAAUAAUUCCCACCAAUGUGUUCUUUUCCUUGAUCCCAUUGGUCUCAGUCAUGUUUGCUGGCCACCUUGGUGAGCUUCAGUUGGCUGGUGCAACCCUGGCCAACUCAUGGGCCAAUGUUACUGGUUUCGCGCUCGUGGUUGGUUUGAGUGGAGCUCUUGAGACACUUUGCGGACAAGGCUUUGGUGCAAAGUCGUACAGAAUGUUGGGGAUUUAUCUACAAGCCACUUGCAUCAUAUCCUUCCUGUUAUGUUCCAUCAUAUCCAUAAUCUGGUUCUAUACAGAGCCCUUACUGAUUUUACUCCGUCAAGAUCCUCAAAUUUCAAAAACUGCAGCUCUCUUUUUGAAACAUCUAAUCCCUGGAUUAUUUGCAUAUGGAUUCCUGCAAAACAUCUUGAGAUUUAUUCAGACACAAUCUGUAUAUGUCAUGCCAAUGGUCUUCUCAGUGAUUGCGAUUAUUUUUCAUAUUGGCAUCACAUAUGGUUUGGUACAUUGGACAGCUCUUGGGUUCUUGGGAGCUCCAAUUGCAGCCUCAAUUUCUCUAUGGUUAUCUGUUCUUAUGUUGGCCUUCAAUGUCAGUUGUACAAAGACUUUUGAGCGUACGUGGGAAGGAUUUUCGUUUGAAUGUUUCGAUUAUAUCCUCACUGGCUUAAACCUGGCCCUCCCCUCUGCAACAAUGGAAUGUUUGGAGGAAUGGGGUUUUGAGAUUCUAGUGCUCUUAGGUGGAUUGAUGCCAAACUCUGCAAAAACAAGUUCACUACUUGCAAUGUGUGUAAAUACACAAGAAAUUGGUUACAAAAUUACAUAUGGCCUCAUUGCUGCUGCCAGCACAAGGGUGUCAAAUGAAUUGGGAGCAGGCAAUCCAGAUAGGGCUAAGAAUGCAAUGGUUGCGACUCUUAAGCUCUCCGUGCUUCUUUCUUUCACGAUUAUUCUGGCUCUUGUGUUUGGUCACAAUAUUUGGGUUGCCUUCUUCAUUGACAACAAUGCAAGUUAUGCAGUAUUGAGAGAGGAGUUUGCUUCCAUGACACCAUUGCUUGCAAUUUCAAUAAUUGUUGAUUCUGUUCAAGGUGUCUUUUCAGGUGUGGCUAGAGGAUGUGGGUGGCAACACUUGGCUGUGUAUGUAAAUUUGGCAACAUUCUAUUUGAUUGGUAUGACAAUUGCUGGUCUUCUUGGAUUCAAGUUCAAACUAUAUGCCAAGGGCUUGUGGAUUGGUAUAACCUGCGGUCUCUCCUUUCAAGCAAGCACACUCUUGCUGAUUACACUGCUCAAGAAAUGGCCCCGAUCAGAUUUAUCUAAAAAUCCAGAGGAAGGAAACCCAGUUUUGGUCUAGAUAAAUGUAAGGCAAAAGUAAUUGUUAAACAACAAAUUACCAUUUGGGGAAAACUUAGUUUAUGCAUUCAUCGAAAAAUAAAACAAAAUAAGAGUAUCCAUGAAGUAACAUUGUUUGGC